CAUCACCAGACGAUCAACCAACGGAGGAAUCGGUGGACAAUUCCACAAUGAUUCCUCCUCAGAUAAAAGUUCGGCACAUGCCUGGCAUCUUACGACCAAAGCGAAUACCGCCUAGUAUACCUCACAGACCAUUCUCACGACCACGACCUUUCACCAACAAAUCCUCGCGGGCCUUCGUCUCGCCGUCGCCAUUUCGUCCCCAACUGCCAUUCCUCUCGCCAACCCAAGGGCGGCUACCCUUGUCAAUACAUCUCCGACAACACUUCGUCAGACUUAUCAACACGGAGCGGCGGGCGAAAUACAAGCGCGGUGUAUACCGGGGCCUCAAGAUCGCCCUCAGUGCCUAUGCGAUCCUCUUUAUGUUGCAUUUGAUUAGCACUGGUAUUUAUCAAGAAGAGAUUGAACACAAAUGGCCAACGCCGACUGAAUGGGGAUGGAAGAGUCGAUGGGCCUUGCGCUCUGCGAUUGCCCUGCAACAUCCGCAUGAAAUCGGUCAGGUGCUUACGCAGUGGCAGAAUGUUUAUGGAUAUACCAAAGACUUGCUUGAGCGACUAGAAGACCCGAACAUUGAAGGGCAGGGAAUUCAGGAGCAAGGCGACGGAGGAAUUUUCAUUGAUGGGGUUGGAAAGGCCGGAUACGAUGUGUCAAUGAAAAGCGAGCCUUGGAGAAGAGGAUAUUUUCAAUGCCUGAUGAGUGCGGCCAAAGCGGCUGAGAAUCUGGAAGGGUUUAUGACCGACUGGAAACAACGCAUGACUGCCAAAGCGGAGUAUGUGCAUGGGCCGUCGAAUCCAAAUGCGAAGACUCUGCCUGGUAAAGAGACUACUGUUAUGCACGAGGAGGACUGUACUCCUGCCUCGCCGCCUCCGGAGACAUUCUAUAUAAAAAUCCUGACGACAACUGGAUUUACCACAAAGCAAAAAGUUGAAGCGGCUCUUGCUUAUGCAGACUAUUUGGACUUCAAAGGCCUAACCUCCACGGCGAGGGAUAUGUAUAGCUGGGCUAUGGACAUUGCAUCCUCAGGGCUCUCGUAUGAUGCCUCGAGGGUGGUUGAUACGACGACCGGCGUUUUAAAGAAUAACGGCAAGGAUGUCGCUUCUGAUAACAUUCUGAGGGUAUCCACUGCUCUAGCGGUACACAACGCAAAAACAGGGGAUCUAUCAAAGGCGUUGGCCAUUUUCACGUCAGUUUUGAAGGCUCGUCGGAAUUUACCACAAGAAGAAGCCACUCAGACCGAGCAAUCAAAAUCGGGGAAACCACAGUUACCCUUUGAUAACUUUCUUCAGAAGAUCACUAAUAUGUUCGUUCCGCCAGUCUAUCCUGCGGCACCAUCGGACGGCAACGAAGCCCCAGUCCGACACGCUGGAUCCUCCUGUGAGGAAGCCGGCCUUAUGACAUACAUCGGCGAAAUAAUCUAUGCAACAUCAUCCAAAGAAAACGGCCUAGCCUGGACGCGCGACGCCGUUGACUUAGCCGAGUCCCGGUUACUCGAAAUGGGCGUUGACCAUGAGAAAGCCGACGCCCGCGACCGAUGUUCUCAGUGCCUCAAAGUCGGUCUGAAGAAUUGGCAAACUAUGGUCAACCACCUUGUCGACAGGGCUACCACAGCAGAAAGAGAAGCUAUCGCAAACUCUGGCAAGGCCUGGUUUGGCGGGUCACGAAAUGCUGAACAGAAAACAUCAGAGCGCAAGAGAUGGGAGUCAGAGGGAAUGAUUCUUGAAGACCGUGCUGAUAGGAUGUUGCGGUUGACGAGUGAUUACACUAUGUAUAAACCGUCUAGUUCUGGGACAUCGCUGUUUUGAUGAUUUGUUCAUGCGAUCUAUGUCCGUUGCGUCGCAUUGUAUUGGAGUUAUUCGUUGGAGUUAUAGUCAAAGGCAGAAACUGUACAGUAUUUAAUAUCUUCGAGUAUGUCGAGGUUCUUGUAAUAAUUCAUCUCCGGUGCGGAACUUACACUAAACA